AUGGACUUACCACCCUCACGACUACUCUGCACUGCAUGCAAGGGGUUAGCUUCACCACCGCCGCCGCCCUACACUCCCUUCUCAACGGAAUCACAACCCUCGCACCUCAACACAAAGACGCUUCGCCUUCGUCGCUUUCUGAUUGAUAUCAUCGCUUUUGCAUAUGGCGCAGAUCUCAUCACGCUUUGCGAUGCUCUUUCAGGCACACCCCUUGCCUCGAGCGGUGGUCUCAACCUCCAGGAUUUGAGCAUACUGUCCCAUGACGAGAGAGGCGAGCUCCACCGACUUUCAUAUGUAGUUCUUGCCUCCUUGGGAAAGGCCGCAAUAGGCCUAAAACUCUCAGACCACGAUCUCGCCCUGUUGGACUCUGACAUUGUCCGUCCCACACACGAACUCAACAUCACCUUGUCCUACGUACUGGAGCUUCUCUAUUACUAUCGCAGGCACAAAGGAGUUGACCGUCGUUUCACAGGUCUCUACGGGUACAGAUGCAUUCUCUGGCAUCGCCUAUCAGAAGAAGAGCUCGUUCAAAGGUUGCACUCUGAUGAUCGCUUGGUAGAACGCAUCGCACCUAACGAUCGAACACGACUCCUACUCAAGACCGCGAUAGCCGAUUUUGGAGAGCAGGAACUAGAGAACCAGGCGAAAAGCGGGUCUAAGAGGAGUUUUCGUAGUCCUCAACCGGCCAUCGAUCUGGCACAACGAGCCAUGAAGACUCGAGACUUUCCUUUUCCUUUCCGCCUUUACGAGAGACUUGAAAAAGCGGAGAGAAGGAACGAUAGCGCCUUCCAGGGUUACGCACCGGCGCUUGAUCUGGCGCGGUUACUCACCAAGGGUCACCGCUACCUUUCUCCUUGCCACGAGACGUCAAAACGGUAA